AUGGUCGGAAUCAAGCGGAUAGCAACUAGGUAUGCCAAGCUCCUCAACGGCGCGAGGGAAGUCAAGGAAUUUUUCGUCCUUGUCCCUGCUGCCCACCUAUUCCUACCAGACAUCUCCGCAAGUAUAAAACGAAUUGAGAUUAUUACAGAAGCCAUGAGUACACCCGACCUCCUUUACAAUGAUCCGGCUACCUAUUGUAUGCAGUACCGGCCCAACCAGCAUUCUAACUUCGUUUCCAUCUCUAACCUCGCCCUUGGGACGACGACUGACGACAUCAGACUCACAUUCCAAGGCUUUGGGACGAUCAGCCACUGCUUCAUUGCAUCAGACCAACCGUCGCGCGCUCUAGUAGUAUUCCUCAAACCAUCAGACGCAGCCCUCCAGGCCGAAUCGUUGGACGGUGCAAUUGCCGACGGACAGUGCAUCUCCGUCAAAACCAUCAAAGAGAAGGAAUUAGGGGGUCUAGCCCUUCUUCGUAGAAUAACUGGAACCAUAACCUGCACACCCCUCCUUAGCUUGUAG